AUGCAAUCUGCAGAAAAAGCGAUAUCACAAACGUCGGCACGAACUGAGCAGCAACAAUCGCAGCAGCAGCAGCAUGAGGAUGGCAGACUGGCGGAAAUCCCGUCGAGCGCUUCAUUGCCUACAAAAUUGACUACUGUAUCAAUUAGCGAUUUCAUUUUUAUCAAAGUUCUUGGCAAAGGAUCCUUCGGAAAGGUUCGUUGUUACAAAAAAAGGCAGAAAAAAAAAACUGAGGAACCAGUCCUUUGA